UCUCUGGUCCCUCACAUGCAUCCUAUGUUAGGGGUGUGCAAACUAAGGCCCGCCGGUCCGGAUUACAGGGACACGCCUUUGUGAACAUUCUGUGUGUGAGUCAGAGGUGACGCCGUAUUCGGCGCGUCCAAAUUUAGACGCCUGGCGCACAUGCAGGCUGCAGCGGGCGUCUGGAACAAUCUACGACGCUCCAGCCGGACGCGUAUAUAAGGAGGGACGACGGCGACGCCAGGCGAAGUGCGACGCAGUUUUUAGACGCGGAGCGACACAGCAGACGCUGCACGGUGAGUGGCCUUCGCACCAGAUGCUAGUUACUGCUGUUCUCGUGUCUUCUGAUCUGCGUUUUAACGCCGUGUGGACUUGACAGAUGUCACUGGUUCCACUCCUGUUUCAUGACUGGUGGGAUGAUUUGGAUCGACCCUCCCGCCUGCUGGAUCAGCAUUUUGGGUUAGGGUUGAGGCACCACGAGUUGUUGCAUCCGCGUUCUCUGCUCCGCACCGGGUACAUCCGCCCCUGGAGAAAUAUCACCCGGCAAGACAGCGGUUCCUCCAACAUCACAGCCGACAAGGAGAAAUUCCAGGUGAUCUUGGACGUACAGCAGUUUGCACCGAGUGAGAUUACGGUGAAGACGCUUGACAGCACUGUCAUUGUUGAGGGCAGACACGAGGAGAAGCAGGAUGAACAUGGCUUUGUGUCGCGCCACUUUGUGCGUCGCUACGUCUUGCCAGCGGAUAUUGAGAUCAGCAACAUUGUGUCCAGCCUGUCAUCAGAUGGUGUCCUCACUGUCACCGCCCCCAAGAAGUCACUCCCACCGCCAUCUGGAGAACGUGUUGUUACCAUCGUUCAGACAGGCGUGCCAGCCCUGAAGGCAGCUGAACAGCCGAUUGUGGAGGCACCCAAAGAAGUGAAAUCAGAAUCAUGAAUACAUUUAUGUUGAUUAUGUGUAAUAAAAUUGUAUCUUGUGAAUCACACAAAACAUCAUA